GAGCUUCGUUAUAUACAAUAGUUGGAAGACGAGCUUUUAAGGGAGUUAGCAUGCCAACGGCGUUUCUGUUUUAGAAAGCGGCAGAAAAAGCGUGAGAGAAAUUGACAGGUGAAGGUGGAAGUUGGGAGUGGGUUUCCCUGGAAAAAUUGGACCUUCGACUUGGGGACUCGGGACAUUUUGGGCGGUUUCACCGGAAGAGGAAACGGUAGGGAUUCGAUUUUAAGAAUCGAGUGUGGGAAGUAAAUAGGAGAGAGAAGAGAGAAGAGAGAAGAGAGAGGAAGAGGAGAGAAUCAGGAGUUUCAGUUGAAGCUGAAACAAGCAUGGGUGAAGACGAUUUGUACGAGGAGCUAUGGAGGGCGUGCGCUGGGCCACUGGUGGAGAUUCCGCGCGUUGGAGAGAGGGUUUACUAUUUUCCUCAAGGUCAUAUGGAGCAGUUGGAAGCAUCAACGAAUCAGGAGUUGGAUCAGAGAAUUCCCUUCUUCCCUCUUCCAUCCAAGAUUCUCUGUCGCGUUCUGAACAUAGAGCUUAGGGCUGAGGCUGAAACAGAUGAGGUUUACGCACAGAUCGCUUUACUUCCAGAGUCUGAUCAAACCGAGCCUAAAACAACGGACCAAUGCUCCCCGGAGCCCGAGAGGCCGGUGGUUCAUUCAUUCUGCAAAAUUUUGACUGCUUCGGACACAAGCACUCAUGGAGGAUUCUCUGUUCUUCGCAGGCAUGCUAACGAUUGCAUUCCUCCACUGGAUAUGUCGCAGCCAACUCCAACCCAAGAGCUGUCUGCCACAGACCUUCAUGGGUUUGAAUGGCGAUUCAAACACAUAUAUAGAGGUCAACCGCGGAGACAUCUCCUUACAACUGGAUGGAGCACCUUUGUCACCUCCAAGAAAUUAGUCGCUGGUGAUGCUUUUGUUUUUCUAAGAGGAGAAAAUCGAGAAUUGAGAGUUGGUGUUAAGCGUCUUGCUCGACACAAGAGUACCAUCCCGUCAUCUGUGAUCUCACGUCAUAGCAUGCAUCUUGGUGUGCUUGCUACAGCAUCACAUGCAGUGAUGACCCAAACCAUGUUCACUGUUUGCUACAAACCAAGAACUAGCCAAUUCAUUAUUGGAGUGAACAAGUACUUGGAAGCUAUUAAUAAUGGGUUUUCCCUUGGGAUGCGAUUCAAGAUGAGAUUUGAAGGAGAAGAUGUUCCUGAGAAAAGAUAUACCGGAACUAUAGUAGGCGUGGGGGAUUUAUCUUCUCAGUGGGAAGGUUCCAAAUGGAGACAAAUGAAGGUUCAAUGGGAUGAGCUCGUAAAUUUUCAACGACCUGAAAGGUUGUCUCCAUGGGAGAUUGAGCCCUAUAGUUCUUCAACACCAACUCCCACUGUUCCUCAGUCCUUGUUUACUAGUAACAAAAGACCUAAGUUGUCGAUGGGUCUCUCAGAUCAUCCAAAUUUUGGCAGCGAAUAUGUUUUUCAAACUUCAUCCACUUUCUGGAGCUGUGGCACAACGAAUUCACAUGAUUUAUGCCAUGUUCAGAAAUCUGAAAUUCCCCAAGUUAUAUGGCCACCUAAAACAAAUGAAGUUGGUGGAAUUAUUUCCAGUGAUGUGCCAAACAUUCAUAGUAGAGGAGUGCUUGAUGGUUUCGUGGAGCACAGUUCUUCAAUCAUGAAUUCUAAGUGUUCGGACAAUGGUGUUUCUCUAAAGCGAUAUCAAGACACUAAACUUGAGUCAAUGGUUGUCCCUCAUAAGAGGCAAGCUAUCCUUGGCUGUGUGGUUGAGCAGGACAAAAAAAUUUUUCAAGCCAAGGAUGAGUGGAAGAAGGUUGAGACUGGAAGCACUUAUCGCCUGUUUGGGUUUAAUCUUGUCAAUCCUCCCAUUUGCUCUUCCUUUCCUGACAAGAAGUCUGAGAGUGAGAUGACAGAGGAACCACAAGCUCCCGUUGUUUCUGUUAAACUGUCAGAUCAAAACUCUGAACAAUUAAAGGCAUCGGAUGAUCUUAAAAAAACAAUGCAUCUAUUUAGUAAGGAUAUUCAGGGCAGGCCGAGUUCUACAAGAAGCCGCAUUAAGGUUCAUAUGCACGGAGUAGCCGUUGGUAGAGCUGUGGAUCUCAUGAAUCUUGGUGGGUAUGAUGAGCUGAUUUGUGAGCUGGAAAAGUUGUUUGAGAUCAAAGGAGAGCUUUGCCAAAGGGAUAAAUGGGAGGUAGUAUUCACCGAUGAUGAAGGUGAUACGAUGCUUGUUGGUGAUGAUCCAUGGAUGGAAUUUUGUGAUAUGGUGAAGAAGAUCUACAUCUAUCCAAGUGAGGUUAAGAAGUUCAAAAUGUAGGAGUGAAAUAUGAGUGCCACAAUCUGGUUCGGAGUAGGAGAGAACAAAAAGUUGGGUUUCUCCUGCUGUUCUCUCAUUUAAGAGUUCUGAGUUUGAAAGUUGCAAAAAAGCAAAUUGGAAGUACUGCUCUUCAUACUGGAUAAGGAUGCUACAUGAUGAAACAAAUUCAAGUUGCUGAUGCCUGAUCUGAAGCUCAAAUUUCUUAGAGCAUUGGGAAGAAUUAAAUUUAGGGUGGCUACGUAGCUUUGUAAUAUGCAAUUACAAAAAGCGAAGCAAGAGGAAGUUAGUAGUUUCAGCUUUGCUGUAUAAAGUUGGAUGCAAAGCAUUAUGAAAGUAUUUUGGUGUGAAUAUUUAGGAUUUUAGAUGAUAUGAUUUAGUGAAUUUAUUUUUGUUUCCCUAUAUUGUAAGUUCAUAUGAUACGACAAUUCCUUUAUG